AUCACCAACAUGCAUCUCCAUCUAUCAAAAACAAAUCCACUCAGUCCUAAUAGGCACCGUUGAUAUGCAUCUUUACUGGAGUGGGGGGGACAGUCUUAUUUCCGACAGCACGUUAAGGCAGCAUCCGUCCAGCAGCGGGGUUUAUGUCUCCUCCAAUCAGGGCGCCGUCUCACUCAGCCUUGUCCAAUGGGAAUAACGCUCGUGCAGGUGGCUGCGCUGUUAUCAGCGACUCCCGCUUCACUCCCAGCAUAGAGCGAGUGAAUUUAUGAAAAGGCGAGCCGAACCUUUAAUGGUUCCCAUCAAAACCACCAAAAACAUCAUCAGAUCGUCCGACUUCCGCGAGGAUUCCUGAGGCGGACGCAUGCAGCCUCCUCCCAGCUGACAGACUCCGAGCAAAACAAACACGCGGAGAGGCGUUUUGGAGUUUUUGCCGAGCUCUUCGCUCCCGAGAGAGAAGUUCGCUUUCGUUCAAGUUUUUUUCAAACAUUUCAAGAGUCUUCCUCCGGGCCCAGGAUACUUUGGAAAAGGCGGCAGAAGUGGCCUGGCUCCUGAAUCCCAGCAGUCCGCCGUGCGCCUGCAUUUACUCGCCUUUACUACUCCCACUAGUUUCCUUCCAGUUUCUGUCCCAACGAGUUUGGCGGUUCAUGUUCACAGAUGUUAGCGGUCGGGCAGAUGGAGGCUAACCGGCAGAGUGCUUUCGUCCUGGGCAGCACCCCGCUGGCGGCGUUGCACAACAUGACCGAGAUGAAGACGUCCCUGUUCCCGUACGCGCUGCAGCAGAGCCCGGCGGGCUUCAAGGCGCCUCCGCUGUCCAACCUCAACUCUCAGCUCUCCGGGGGGACCCCGCACGGAAUAAGCGACAUCCUGGGGAGACCAAUUACCACCGCCGGGCAGCUGCUGUCCGGGUUUCCGCGGAUAAACGGCCUGGCAACUACCGCGGCCGCAGCAGCGGCGGGGAUGUACUUCAGCCCGGCGGUGUCGCGGUAUCCGAAGCCCCUGGCCGAGCUGCCGGGGCGGGCACCCAUCUUCUGGCCCGGGGUGAUGCAAGGCUCUCCGUGGAGGGACCCUCGGGUUCCUUGUCCUACUCAGGCUAACAUAAUGAUGGACAAGGACGGGAAGAAGAAACACUCCAGGCCGACGUUUUCAGGACAGCAAAUUUUUGCACUGGAAAAAACUUUCGAGCAGACAAAAUACCUGGCCGGCCCGGAGAGAGCCCGGCUGGCCUACUCUUUAGGAAUGACCGAGAGUCAAGUCAAGGUUUGGUUUCAGAACAGAAGAACCAAAUGGCGGAAGAGGCACGCAGCGGAAAUGGCCUCGGCUAAAAAGAAGCACGACUCGGAGACGGAGAAAAUGAAGGAGAGCUCUGACAACGAGGACGACGACGAGUACAACAAACCCCUGGACCCAAAUUCAGACGACGAAAAAAUCACGAGACUCUUGAAAAAGCACAAGGCCACCAACCUGGCGCUGAUCAGCCCCUGUAGUAACAGCUCGGACACCUUGUGAUCCCCACAGCCGGGGAGGGACCCAGAAAAGGGGUCCCCACGAAGACUUGUCGCACUCUUUCCGAGCCCAUCUCCACCUGACAUUUCCAACAUGCCUCUUAAGGGAUCACCUUUAUUCCCCCACCCCCCACACACCCUCGAGCAGAGAUAGAAAAAUGCGUAAAACUCCCAAGCGUGCCAAGCGGAGACGCACAUGGCUGCAUCCAAACUCACCCAGACGCUGCUGUAUGCGGAGCUAUAACUGUUUCCUCCUGGACUUGAGAAAGACUGAUGAGGACAUGUUUCUGCGAGCUGAAAAGACACUGAUGCUGGGAACGGAAGCUGUCCUGGAGACGCAAAUGAGUUUUUACGCAUACAGGCAGAGUUUUAACAGGUGUAAAUGUAAAGAAAAUAUUCUUAAAAAAACAACCCUACUUUGGAUCAGUGCUGAGCUCAAAACGUUUACACUUACGUUAAGUCAUUGCACUUGUUGCAUUAUUUUCCCAGCUUGUCACGUUACGUCACCGUUUCAGCUCCUAAUGUGACCUCUAAGUGUUUUAAUACAGUUCAGUAUUCAUACGUUCAUCUGAAGAGAUUGCACACUUUUGUUUAUUUUGUUUUUUUUAUUUUACACGUAUUAACAGAUUUUUUUUUAUUUUAUUUUAUUUUUUUAAAGCGGCCCACACUGAUCCAGAUCCCGGGCGCAUGUUUUAAAUGGCAGGUGCAAACGGGGCCUGUGACGCUUCUAAAGCUCAGUUUAACCAGGGUAUCCACUGUCCUAAAAGGCAACAGACUAAACUGUUUGAAGGGGGCAGGUUUGAGACGAGUGACUGAUUUUUGUGCUGUAGCCUGCAGAUGAACAUGUAUGUGAGAUUGUAUAUAUAUUUUUUACUGAGUAAGUUAUGUUGUUUUGAGCAGCGGAAACGUGGCAGCAUUUGGCUCAUCACUCCCUCCUUUACCGCUUUUUAUUUUUUUUCCUUCCUGCAGAGUAAAGUCACGUUUUUGUUUUGUUUUUUAACUCUACAUUUCAUUACAGGAAGACUAUUGUAUAAAAUGCAAAAUGCUGUAAAUAAUGACUGUAAACAAACAAACCAAGAAAAAACCCACAGCUUGUUUUUUAACAUCACUUUUAUUUAGUUUGACAGAGUUUGUUUUACCUCAUCACGCAGCCGAGCAGAGAACCGGAGCAUCGUUUUAAGUUGGAUCUAAAGAGUAUUAUCGCUUCCGGAAGGUUAUAGGAAGAAAAAGAAAAAAGUAAACCCCCUUUGUAUUAUGAAUAAAUUAUUUAACAAGCUUUUUUUUUUUUUUUUUUUUUUUUUUUUUUUUUUUUUGGGUUUUGUUUUAAUGUAUGGGCUUAAUAUAAAUUAAAGAGAAAUUCAUGACUAUCGAUAAGUGAAUUUCCUUAUUAUUAUUGGCAGCAAUGACACCGACAAGCGGAUUAACUGAUGUUGUUAUUAUUAAGUUAAUAUAUUUAAUACAAGAGUGCCGCGUAAGGGAAAAACGAGUCUCUUAAAAUAUUUUAUAUACAUAUAUUUUUAAAAGUGCAAUUUAUGUGGGAUCAUUUAUUUACUUAAAAAAACAGUUCCCUCCAUAAAUUAUGAAGCGUUAUUAUAAUUAUUAUUAUGAUUAUUACAAAAAGGUAAAAUAUCGAUUUUUAACAUAUAUAAAUGACCAACAAUAAAUCAUCUCUUUCAAUGCUGGAGGUUUUAUUUUCCAUCUUAUAAAUCGAGAUUAAUUAAGUCUUUGUUCAAUUUUUACGUUCCUCUUGGAGAGAAAGUGAUCCUUAGCCUUUAUUAUUAUUACUUUAUCUCAGAAAAAGCUUAAUUGCGGUUUUAUACUGUUUGGUGUUCAGAGUUCAUGUAUUUCAUACUUGAGACUUAAGCCUUGAAAUGCUCCCCCUCUGUCUGAAAUGCGGAACUACACCCGAGGUAGUUCUAUGUAGGCAAAUUAAUGGGAGAGUUCAGCCAAUCACAAAUGAGUGCUCAUUAAACUCAAAUCCCACUUUGGACUUUUUGAUAAUCCGUGCAUGAAGUGAACAGCUGCCAUCAUAAAAGACGGAUUUAAGGAAAAAUUAUCCUUCUUUAAACUGAGGCCGCGGGAACCGGCUGAUAUUAAAAAGACCCAAAAAGUUUCAAGCCUAAUUAUGUAUUUCAAUAUAGUUCUAUAUAUUUGUUAUAUAAUAAUAAAAUGUAACAUUUUUCUCAUUUUUAUACUCGGAAUUGUUUAACGUGGACAUUUAAACUCAUUUUAGGCCUCAGUUAAAGGCAGCGUGGACUCAUACACGUGGGUCAAAUUGCACUGCGUUUUUCACUUUACGCAGUUUUUUUUUUCUUUAUCUGCAAAGUUGCGCACAAAAUGUGUUAUCCGAACUAGUGCGCAAAAAGUGAGACCAAACCAUGAACACUGCACACGAGGUGGAGGCCCGUAUUCGAAUAGUUAAUGUGUAGCUCUCUCUGUGGUAUUAAAAAUAAGUUGUCUAACAGGAGGUAAAAACGAGAAAGAAUGAGGACAGAAUAGGCAUUGAGCUCUAAUGGGUUUUAUUGCUUUUGAGAACUGCAUCACCUACAGUAGAGGCCAGGCCGUCCUGAAAGGGGGCUGGAAUAAAAUCUCUAUCUGCUUUUAUAGGAUGGAGUGAAGGGAAAAAAUAAUAACUGCAGCUUAUAAUCCUACAGUAUACUCACAAUGAGCAGCUGGAACAAAAACAAGCAGGGUUUCAUUUACUUUUUUUUGUUUAGGUUUUUUUUUACUUUUUUAAACAUUCUGCCUAUGGACCAAAUCACAAAAGACGACAUAAAUUCUGCAGCAGGCACAAAAACAGUUCCACUUGGUGUUUGAUUUAGAUGGAGAACAAAUAAUAAUAAUAAGGGAGGAUCAAUCUGAUGGCUUCACUGAGUCUGAAACCUGUAGUGUAGUACAUGAAAUCGAUGAUAAAAACAAAACAAAACAGAAGUCUCCCAUCACCUCUAAUGCUCCAAUUAUUUGCAAAGGAGGCUGCUGAAGGCUACAUACUGAACAAUUACAAAUAGCAAGACUCCCUGCUCUGCCCCACGCCCCUCCCCUGCUUUUAGAGUUUCUCUCAUUUAUCUUAAGUAUUUCUGACACACUUCAUUCCUGUUUAGGAUACUUGGCACCAUAAUGCAGUAACAAAAAUAGACAAAAAACAAAAAAAGACAGUUUACAUUUUAAGGACACCCAAACCUACCUAAAAUAUCACAUUCAGAACCAUAAUAUUAUAGAAAUAAGUUAGAGUAAGAGUAAGAAUGACAUAAUGUGAGAGUGCUAUAUAUGAAACAUUAUCUUUUGAAAUAUAUAUAUAUAUAUAUAUAUAUAUAUAUAUAUAUAUAUAUAUAUAUAUAUAUAUAUAUAUAUAUAUAUACCUGCAUGGUCUAUGGCACUGCUUAAAACAUUCUUGGAUAGGCAAUAAAUCACUCCUCUCUUGUUGUACGGACUUAUUCAAAGGUCAGCGUGGCUGUGGGAACACCGACACGGACCGCGCUGUGUCUCUUGCGCACUCCAGCAUAAACAUUUUGGUAAGAAUUAUAAAUUAUCUCUUUAAAAAGUACAGUAUAUAAAAGCGAGACUCAACUGAUGUGUCAGGCAUGGCCGUGUGUUGUGCACACAACAACAAGAACAACUCAAAAAAAAAACAAAAUGAAACAAAA